CUCCCAAAGUGCUGGGAUUACAGGUGUGAGUCACCACACCCAGCUGUAUUGGGUAUUUAUGAAAUUUUAUAAGGAUAUCAUUUGGAAGAAGGGACAUCUUACUGAGUUUUUUCUAGGAACACAUGUUAUCUUUCCACUUACUCCAUACUGCUUUGACAUUACCUGAUAGAAAUUUUAAAAUUCUUCCAUUAGGACAAUUAAAUAUUGAUCAUGAGUCUUAUUUACUACUUGAUUAAAUUUGGUCUAGAGUAAACCGCUUGCAAGCUUCAGGAUAUUCUCUCUUGGUAUAACCACAUGGGAUGAGCUCAGUUCCCCAGUGGACAAGUUGUGACAACACGUGACAUAUUGUCUCCCAGGAAAGCUCAUUAAAGACUCUGUGCCCAGAGUGUUUUUCUGGGGCUAGUGCCCUAGGCACCGCUUCUAGUUUGGAACAAAAGAGUAGGCUUUCAGAAGGAAAACAGUUCAGUCAAUACCAUCCUGUUUGUCAAUACCAUAAACCGUUUAGCCACAGUGAGCCACUUUGUCGCUUAAGUUGAUGGGAUCCCUCUCGUAGUCUAAGUUGACCCCGAUAGUAGCAAAGGUCGAACUUGGUGAACAGGCCUUUCUAAGGAUACCCAGACUCAGGACUGCUGAAAUGAGCGCUGUCUGCACACCAGGUGGUGGGAGUUUGUUGUGAUGGGUACUAGAGAUCCACUCUGCAAAGAGCAUUCGGGGCAACGCAGCAGCACAACUGACUCCCUGGACCCACCACGGAGAGGGUCCUCCUCUGUGGCUGGCUCUCUGAGUAGGUCAGUUCUCACACCGGAACUGCUGUGAGGGAGGAAGUGCGUGUAGAUAGAGAGGAGGAGGCUGAUGACUUAAUCGUGGAGUGAGUGUUUGGAGAGCCUGGCGUCAUGGGAUCACUCAUGUAUUGAGUAGAGAUCCCCAGUGCUGAGUCUCACCCCUCCUCCUCCACACCUGUGGGAUGUUUCAGGACUCAGUGGCCUUUGAAGAUGUGGCUGUGAACUUCACCCAGGAGGAGUGGGCUUUGCUGAGUCCUUCCCAGAAGAAUCUCUACAGAGAUGUGAUGCUGGAAACCUUCAGGAACCUGGCCUCUGUCGGAAUCCAAUGGAAAGACCAGAACAUUGAGAAUCUGUACCAAAAUCUGGGGAUUAAGCUAAGAAGUCUGGUGGAGAGACUCUGUGGACCUCAAGAAGGGAGUGAACACAGAGAAACUUUCAGCCAGAUUCCUGAUUGUCACCUGAACAAGAAAAGUCAUACUGGAGUGAAACCAUGCAAAUGCAGCGUGUGUGGGAAAGUCUUCCUCCGUCAUUCAUUCCUGGACAGGCACAUGAGAGCUCAUGCUGGACACAAACGAUCUGAGUGUGGUGGGGAAUGGAGAGAGAAGCCCCGUAAACAGAAACAACAUGGGAAAGCCUCCAUUUCCCCCAGUAGUGGUGCACGGUGCAUAGUAACACCAACUCGAAAGAGACCUCAUGAAUGCAAGGUGUGCGGGAAAGCCUUUAAUUCUCCCAAUUUAUUUCAAAUCCAUCAAAGAACUCACACUGGAAAGAGGUCCUAUAAAUGUAGGGAAAUAGUGAGAGCCUUCACGGUCUCCAGUUUCUUUCAAAAACAUGGAAAAAUGCAUACUGGAGAAAAACGCUAUGAAUGUAAAUACUGUGGAAAACCUAUUGAUUAUCCCAGUUUAUUUCAAAUUCAUGUUAGAACCCACACUGGAGAAAAACCUUACAAAUGUAAACAAUGUGGUAAAGCCUUCAUUUCUGCAGGUUACCUUCGGACACAUGAAAUCCGAUCUCACGCACUGGAGAAAUCCCACCAGUGUCAGGAAUGUGGGAGAAAACUCAGUUGUUCCAGUUCCCUUCACAGACAUGAAAGAACUCAUAGUGGAGGAAAACUCUACGAAUGUCAAAAAUGUGCCAAAGUCUUUAGAUGUCCCACGUCCCUUCAAGCACAUGAAAGAGCUCACACUGGAGAAAGACCUUAUGAAUGUAAUAAAUGUGGUAAAACCUUCAAUUAUCCCAGUUGUUUUCGAAGACAUAAAAAAACUCAUAGUGGAGAAAAGCCGUAUGAAUGUAAAAGGUGUGGUAAAGCCUUUGGGUGCUGCAGUUCCCUCCGAAGACAUGAAAUGACUCACACUGGAGAAAAACCCUUUGACUGUAAACAAUGUGGUAAAGUCUUUACUUUUUCAAAUUACCUUAGACUUCAUGAAAGAACUCAUUUGGCCGGGCAUAGCCAGUGCUUUGGCAGGAGGUAGGGGGAUCACCUGAGCCCAGGAGUCUGAGACCAGCCUGGGCAACAUAAGAAGGCCCCAUAUCGGCUGGGUACAGUGGCUCACGCCUGUAAUCCCAGCACUUUGGGAGGCCGAGGCGGGUGGAUCACCUGAGGUCAGGAGUUCAAGACCAGCCUGGCCAACAUGGUGAAACCCCAUCUCUACUAAAA